AUGCCGAAAAAGGUUUACUCGAAGUGGCCGGAGGCAAGUAGACCGUUCGAGAGAAUCCAUCUGGAUUUCUUUCACUUCGUUGGAAAAACGUUUUUGAUUGUCGUUGACGCCUACUCGAAGUGGAUCGACGUGAGAUUGAUGAGUAGAACCGAUACAGAUUCGCUGAUUAACGCUUUGAACUCUGUGUUCCGUAUUUUUGGGAAAAGCGAUCUGAUCGUCAGCGAUAACGGACCGCCGUUUAACAGUCAAGCAUUUGUGGACUACGCGAGACAGUUGAGGAUUGAGCUGAAGAAGAGUCCGGCGUAUUCGCCCGAAAGUAAUGGUCUUGCGGAAAGGGGGGUCCAGACAGCCAAGAGCGGUUUGAAGAAACUGAUGGCUGAUCCGAAGUACGGUAGCUGUAAGAUUCCGGAACUGGUUGAGAUUUUCCUGUUUAGUUACCGGAACAGUUACUGCCAGGCGCUAGGGUGUUCGCCUGCGAGCAAAAUCUUUUCUUUUGUGCCAAAAACCGAUUUGGAGAGCAAUUUGAAGCCGAAGCAAGAAAAGGUUAAGAAAAGGGUUAGAUUUGAUCUGCGGGUCAAAGAAAAGGUCAUUGAUAAGCGGGAAAGUGUCAAUGAAAAACCAAGGGUCAAGAAAAACGACGAUUACGCUGUAGGAGAUCUUGUGUGGUACCGUUGUGAGUACAAGACGAUGAGAUCUUGGUUGGAAGCCGUGAUCGUGGGUGUUAACAGCAAGAACACAUACUACAUUGAGGUGUCAGUUGAAGAAUAA